UAUGCAGGCCGGUCCUUGCCGCAAGCCAGGGCAGACGGGGGAGCCCGGGCGCAGUGCUAAUUCGCGGGCGCAGGCAUGGCCAACCGCUUCUCGACGCUGACACAGUACCACUCGCUAAUCCUCGGCCACGGCGUGCUCGCCGCAAUAACUUUCCUCUUUAUCGUCCCCAUCGCCGUGCUGCUUGCCAGAUUCUACACCCGCCAACCGGGAACCGCCGUCCGCUACCACGCCUACCUGCAGGUGCUUGCCCUCGGCCUCACCACCGUCGUCUUCAUUCUCGGCUUCUUCGCCGUCGGCCCGCCACGGAACUUGACAAACCCGCACCAUGGCAUUGGCGUCGCCAUCUACGUGCUGUUCCUGCUCCAGGCCGUCGGCGGGCGGCUCGUCAGGAAGCUCGCCGGCCGUCGCUCGUUUCGGCUGCAUGUGCACCGCUGGUUUGGCCGCGCGAUAGCGCUCUUGGGGAUUGUCCAGGUUCCCCUCGGUCUUACGCUCUACGGUUCGCCCAAGGCCCUGUUUAUUCUCUACGCGUUGUGGAUGGGCUUCCUCCUGUUUCUCUACUUCAUCCUGGACUACCGCGACCACGGGCGACGUGACUGGGGCGGCGGUUACGGCCACGGCGGCGGCGAUGAGAGCAGCCGAGUGACGUCUAGGCAUGGCGGCGCCAUGCGCUGGCUCGGCCCGCUUGCCGUUGGUGCCGGCGCAAUGGCGCUGUUCCGUAGCCGCAGGAAGAACCGGGAUGCGGAGAGGGGCAUGAGCCGUAGCCCGAGCCCCACGGACCGCUCCCGCCGUGACCGAGAGCCAACCGUCAUCUCUUCGCGGCGCGAAUCCGAGAGCUACUACGACGAGAAACAACCGGAGCGAAGGCGCGCGAGCGGCGGCGGCGGCUUCAUGAAUAAGCUUCUUGCGGCCGGCGCCGGUCUGGGCGCGGGCGCGCUGGUCUCGAGGAUGAUGAACCGCCGAGAAAGGCCCUAUGACGACGAGUACUCCGCCGUCGCGACAGACACGCCAAGCCGCGUGCGCAGACACCCGCCGAGAAGCGAGUUCACCGAGAGCGACUACACCGAGCGGACCGAGGACGUCCGGAGACAGCCAAGCCGGCAUGAGACGCAGUCUUCCGUCCCACCCGCGCCUCGGCCGCCGGCAGGUAACAGGCCUCCCAGGCCUAUGACCCCGCGGCGCUCGCAUGCUGGAACUUCCCGGCUCGAUAGUACCGUCGACGACUCGGAUUAUUCGUCGUAUGUCAGUCCUUCCCGCAGGACCCCUGAACCGAGAAAAAGCGGGGGCGUGGGGAAGGGGCUGCUCGCGGGGAUGGGGUUGGGAUUCCUGGCCAACAGGUUUGGUAGCAACCGUCGGGAAAGGAAAGAGGAGGCGCGCCUGCGGGACGAGGAGGAUAGGCGGAGGGAAGAAGAAGAGGAGAGACGGGCGGGUCGCCGGGUCUCGAAGUACACGGGCGAUGGCUAUCCCAGCCCGUCAAGGCGGGAGUCGAGACGGCGCCCGCGCCGGCCACCCCCUCCGCCGUCGGGCGUCACAAUGACCGAGACGUCAAUGCUGUCGGGGGAAUCCUCGAUCGAGCCCCGCGGGAAUACGCCGUACGAUCCAGCACCACCGGGCGUCCGCCCACCUCCUCCGCAAGCUUCAGUUCCUGCUCCGGGGCCACCUCCAGCGCCUGGGAUGCACCCGACCGGGGCGGCGGCGGCUCCCCCUGUCCCCAUCCCGGCUCCUAUCCCAGGAGCGGGAACAGCAUCAGGGCAGCACUCCCGGUACGAUGUGACCGAGCCGGUCUCGAUGCCUCCGAUGCCGCCGGACCCACACGGGAUCCUCCAUCGCGAGUCGGACGGCAGCGAAACAUACGGCUCUCCGAGCGAUCAACGACGACGCAAACGAGAGGGCGACGCAGCCACGGCGGCAGCCUCUGCGAGCGUGCUCCCGGCCGCAGAAGAAGAGGAACGGCGCCGACGAGGCGGGAGGUCGCGCGACCACACUCCCCAUGCGCCGUCCGUCAACGCGCCGGUCAGCGUCAGCCUGCGCGUGCACGACGACCCGGACCGCAACAUCACGCUGCGCAUGCUCACGGACGAGGAGGCGCGCCGCGAGCAGCAGCGGCGCCGGCGCAACGACUCGGUCAGCAGCGCCUCGGGCGGCGAGACGCCGACCGGCCGGCGCUACCGCCGCGACUCGUCCAGCCUGCGCCGCGCCGCCGAGUCGGCCGCUGAGCACCGCGUCGAGGCGGCGGCGCCAGUGCCGGCGCCCUCGGCCGAGGCUCUCGACAACGACCCCCUCGCGCCGCUGUCGCCUCCCAACCCGGCGUUUGCGCGCAGGGCCGGCGCCGGGGGCAAGGAUUCGGCGUAUUACUCGGGCGGCACCGCCGCCGCCGCGGGCCCGUCGGGUGCGGUACCUGCUGCCGGGGCGACAGCGUCGAGUUUGGGCAGCCCGGGAGGGUUGAUGAGCCCCGGCGGGAGCCAUGCCACGUUUACGAGCGGACCGCUGACGGAUGCGGCGGCCGCGGAUCGGAGGAGGAGGAGGCGGUUGGAGCGCAGGGAUGGGAAUCGGCAGUCGACGACGGUGGAUUAUUCUUGAACUUUUGUGGAGAGUUGGUGUUUUCUGAGUUCAUUUCUGGCACGGCGCUGGGAAAAAGGGGGAGGGGAGGAUUGUUGUUGUUGUUUGCCACGAGGGAUGUUGACUAAGGUACCUGUACAUGUAUGUCGUCGGCCUCUGCGGAGCGCAUAUGUUGUCAUGAUGCGAUGAAGAGCUGGAAGUCAGAGUUGUUCGAUGUUUUUAGAUUGCAAUGACACUUUUUUUCAUCUUCCUCAUACUGACGAGUUGAUGCUCAGUCAAGCUCCCGUCCAUUACAGUUGGUGAUUGAUACCUUUGAAAUGUGCAGGGGUGGUGCGCUUGGACUCGCAGCUCUUCCAUUCAUG